UGCGGGAAGUGCACUACUGGUAUAAUACAUGGUCCCAGGUCCUUCUCGUUGCCUUUAUCAGACCGUAAACAGGUUACCUCUUCCUUGUACCUUGUCGACACUGACUCUUUUUGAUACCCACAUCGCUGGCGUUGUUGCAAUGUCGCCAUCCGAAACGCUCAUCCAUGAUGACCCCAACGCCGGGUUUGAUAUUCCAUUGCCCGUGUCUCUCGAGGACCACGCAGUGACGUCCAAUGGGUUUCUCCCAGACGGACCGCCCUUGGAGCGCCUUCCAAACUCAUACUACUCGCCAUGGGAGUCGCUGAUGGACUCGCUCCCCCGCUCACUCGCAGAGCACACGCUUCGAGCCCAGGUCGACCGCCUGCCUAUCCUGUCGACGGACCAUCUGGCCACAGAACCGGAGUGGAGGCGUGCCUGCGUCAUCCUCGGCUUCCUGACGCACGCGUACAUCUGGGGGGGCGACAGCGCUGCCGAGGUAUGUCAGACAACAACAUAUCCCAUCAACCGUGUGCGCCGUCGGUUGCCAGUCACUAAGCUAAACUUCCCGGACUUCCUUCUCCUUCGGCAGAUCCUCCCGCCACAGCUCACCGUCCCCUUCCUCGCCGUCUCCUCACACCUCGGCAUCCCGCCCAUCGCCACCUACGCUAGCCUCAACCUCUGGAACUUCCGCACCACCGCCGCCGCCGGCGGUCCCGACCUCACCGACCCCGACGCGCUGCAGGCGCUGCACACCUUCACCGGCACGCCGGACGAGUCCUGGUUCUACAUCGUCUCCGUCGCGAUGGAAGCGCAGGGGGGCAGUGGCGGUGCUGCGGCGGGAAGAGGAGGGGAGGGCGGCGUCAGCUUCCAUGAGGAGGUGCGCGGGUACAUGCCGGAGCCGCAUCGGAGGUUCCUGCAGGUCGUGGCGGAGAGAUAUCCCGGGGGAAUGAAGACUGCGGUGGCGCGGCUGUUGGAGGUCGGCGAGGCGGACGACGGCGGGUUGAGUCCGGCGCAGGUGGCAUUGCGGGAGGCGUUCCAGGAGGCAACGCGGGCGCUGGCGGAGUUCAGGAAUAAGCACCUGCAGAUCGUGGCUAGGUACAUCAUCAUCCCGUCGCGGCAGCCGAAUGCGAACCACGGGGUGAAUCUGGCGACGGCGUCGUCGAGGCUUGCCAGCGCGCCGCAGGUGGAGGGCUGGAAGGGUCCUCUGGGCGGAGCGGAUGCCGAGCUGACAGGCACAGGAGGCACGGCGCUGCUGCCAUUUCUGAAGCAAUCACGCGAUGAGACGGUCCAGGCCGGCCAGCUUCAAGUUCAAUGACGAUAGGCGGCUCAUGUGUGACCUGAGGUGUGAGGACGAGCGAGAGCAGGGCGAAGGACGGCUUGCCAUUGGGCGGGGACACAGCCUUCUGAAUUCAGCUAGUGUCGGCGUAGAGUCAUUUCACUGAAGCUGUCUUACCUCGAGCAUAAGGAGAACAUUCCACACAGCUUGUAUUUCUCCUCAGUCGUGAUGCUGCCUUGGUCCGGAUGCACUUGCACUUGCGCUUACGACUGUUGCACCCGAAUCUUCAACCAUGGCUGGCGGUACGCCGGGGCUGCCCGUCCCCAAAGUCAUCGGCAGCGCGAAACCCAAUGUGUCCUAUACCCACCGUGUUUCCGUGCGCGCGGUGGCCUUCAAUGACAAGGGCGAAAUCGCCAUCCUCUA